AUGAAGAUACUGCAGCUCAACCUCAAUCAUUGUGAGGCUGCGCAUGACCUGCUCAUGCAGACGGUGCGCGAAUUAGAGCUUGACUUGGUACUGAUAGCGGAGCCAUAUAAACACCUAAGCCCCUGGGAAUCGGACAGCACAUCCAAGGCUGUCAUCUGGUCAUGUGGCAAGCUCCCUUUCCAGAACGCAGUCGACAACAACAAUGCCGGCUUUGUAGCAGCAUCAGUAGAGGGCAUCCGCUUCUAUAGCUGCUAUGCACCACCUAGCCUCUCUAUUGGUGACUUCACUGAUUUCCUAGAUCGACUAAUCGAAGAUGCGAAGCAAUACCAUCCAGUAGCGAUAGCCGGAGACUUCAACUCCUGGGCAGUCGACUGGAGUAGCAAACAUACCAACGCACGAGGGAAGGCACUGCUGGAGGCUUUUAUUACACUAGAUGUAGUCUUGCUCAACAGCGGUGAUACGCCGACCUACACCAAGGACGACGCAAGCUCGAUUGUAGAUCUCACUUUUGUCAGAAGUAGCCUUGCUAAAGGUAACGACAAAUGGGAAGUAUUGGAUAUCUACACCGCUAGCGACCAUCAUACAAUAUUCUGGGAAAUAUCAAGCAACCAGAACUUCAGGAGGCAUAUCAAGCUAUCUAACAACGUUGGUUGGAAAGUAAAGACUUUUGACCCAGAAUUAUUGCUGAUAGCUCUCGACAGUGAUCCGAUCAACUUUGGAUGUGCGGAAGAACAGACUGAGGACCUGAUGAGAAGAGUAACACAUGCUUGUGAUGCAAGUAUGCCUCGUAAACGUGGCAUGUACUCAAGAUCUUCAGUGCAUUGGUGGAACGACCACAUCAGCAGCCUUCGUAAAGAGUGUCACAGGAAGAGAAGAAUCUCUCAGCGCGGCUAUCAACGGCCCAACUCAGCGGAGUUAGUCGCAGAGUACAAAAAAGCGCGUCAUGAGCUGAAUAAAGCUAUCAAAGAGAGCAAAAGAAGAUGCUGGAAAGAACUUAUAUACGAGGUAGACAAAGACGUGUGGGGUAGACCUUAUAAGGUGGUCAUGACCCACUUGAAAAAGCAACAAAUGCCAUCACCUACGUGUCCUCAUCUCCUUCAAAAAAUCGUCACUGCGCUGUUCCCACAGCAAAGAAAUUUCGAUUACCAGUUGGCUCCAAGUGAACUGGAUGACAUACAGGAAAUAAUAAAGCGCCGGGAUUGGACGAAAUCCCUAAUAUUGCCUUGA